CGGAACAUCCUCAUCACCUACUUCCUCUCCUUAGUUUGUGCGUGUGUGUGUGUGCGUCUUUGUGUGAGUGUGUAUGUCGGUUCACCUGUCGCGCUGCAUGGAGCUCCUGACUUACCUCCACGAUUCAGAGCUCGUGGCCCGGUUCCAGCGGCGAUGCGGACUCUUCCUCGUCGAAAGCGCGCAUCUCAAGCCCGAGAGACCACGUGGGCAGCUGGUGAGGGACAGACUGGACCACCAGGACAGCAAUUCCAACUAUAAAUACAAGGAGAAUGGAUACGCUUCACGUGACUGCGGUAGGCCUCGUUACGAGGUGAGGAACUGGCCGUUGCACUUCCUCUUCCUGCUGUCGGCCAGCCUCGGGCAUGAAAUCUUCUACAUCACCUGUCUGCCCAACAUACAUUGGAGCGUGGACCCUUUCCUGUGCCGCCGCCUUCUCAACACGUGGGCCUUAGUGAUGUACGUCGGCCAGGUGAUGAAGGACCUCCUGAAGCUGCCUCGCCCUUUCUCUCCCCCUGUUGUCAAGCUGGAGACGCGUGUAGACGCAGAAUACGGACUGCCCUCCACCCACGCUAUGGCAGCAACUGCCAUCUCCUUCACACUUUUACUAAGCGCCACCUCCAGAAUACAGUUCCAGUUCGAGGUGGGCCUGACCAUCGCAGUGACGCUGCCGACCUUGGUGUCUCUGAGCCGCCUCUACACUGGCAUGCACUCGGUUUUGGAUGUUAUCUGUGGGAUCUUGAUCUCUGCCGUGCUGUUAGGGGGCACCUAUCCCUACUGGGAAACAAUGGACCACUUCCAGCUCAACAGCCCCAUCUCCCCCAUUGUAGUGCUGGUACUGUUCUACUUCCUCUGCUACAUAUACCCAGAGCUGGACCAUUACAGCACCACACGGGCGGAUACGACCACCAUUCUGGGAACGUGUGCCGGGGCCUCAGCGGGGUACUGGGUGAAUCAGCAGCUGGGGCAGACGUUUGAGCCUGAGGGGAUGUUGCCUGUACCUUUGCCCACGCUGACAGCGAGCGCACUGGCGUUAGGCACUGGCCGCUUCUUGGUGGGGGCUGUAAUACUGCUGGCAACUCGGCAGAUAGCGAAAACGGUGAGCCUGCACGUGUUGUAUUCAUGGUACAAAGUACCAAAAAGUGACAACAAUGCCAGGAGGAGGAAAGAGAUUGAAGUGCCUUCUAAGUUUGCCACAUAUGCAUCUGUUGGGCUGGUUAAUUCUAUACUGGCCAACAGAAUUUUCCUUUUUUUGGGACUGUUAUGACCUGACUGAUCAAUAUGAUCUGAACAAAA